AUGUCCGCUCUAUCUUUUGAGCCGCCGCGACCGCUCGUCGCAGGUCCCACUCCACAGGGCUCAUCAGUUCCCAAUGUAGCAGACCUCAAGCGUCGUGCAGACGCGGAGCUCGAGGCUCGUAGACCAAAACAACAAAGACCCCCCCUUCCCCCUCCGCACAUUCUCGCCAGCCUCGUACCCGACUCGCCAGCUUUCCUGGAUCUAUUGAAGGUGGAGCAGAAGCUUGACUGGACAUUGCUCCGAAAGAAAGCGGAAAUCAACGAUGCCAUGGGGAAGCCAAUACGCGUCAAGCGGGCGUUGCGGGUCUUUGUCUCCAAUACGGCGCACGAUCAACAAUGGCAGAAGGAGACGAACGAAGCUGGGCCAAGCUCAGGACCGGAAGCGGUGGAUAUGGACAGUGGGAAGGGAAUUGCAGGAUGGGUCUUGCGGAUAGAAGGGAGAUUACUCGACAGCGGUAAUGCACGCCUCGACAAGACACGAAGAAAGUUCAGCACCUUUGUCCGUUCCGCCAUUGUCGAGCUGGACAAUCGCGAGGCACCGACCUUCCCAGAGGGCAAUAUCGUCGAGUGGCACCCACAAGGCCUGCAAGCUCCACUGGACGGAUUCGAAGUCUCGCGCCGAGGCGACCAAGACGUCAACUGCCGGAUAGUCCUCCAUGUCAAUCACUACCCGGAGAAAUUCCGCAUCCUGCCGCCCCUGGCAGAAAUCAUCGCGAUGAAGGAGGGCACGCGCGCGGAGGCGAUGUCUGCAGUAUGGAAACUGGUCAAAGUCCUUGGAGCGCAGGACAAGGAUGACGGAUCUAUCCUGAAGCGUGUGGGCGAUUUAGAAAAGAUCCUCCCCGCCAAUGUCGAUUCUAUCCCCUUCCACCAGCUCCCCGAGCACGUCACGCGCUUCCUCAGCCAUCCCGAGCCCGUCAUCAUUCCCUACACCAUCCGCGUUGACCGCGACUUCCACUUUCACCAAAAGUGCUUCGACAUCCCCAUCGAGCUGGAAGAUCCGGUCAAGAGCAAAAUGUCAAGUUUGUUGACGAGCUUUGACGGGGAGGAAGGCAAGGAGAUUGUCAAGCUGGAAGACAAGGUCGCCGAGAUGCUUUAUUUCACGAGGGAUCUAAAGCAAAAGAGGGAUUUCUUGGAAUCAUUCUCUACCAAUCCUCAAGCUUUUAUACAAAACUGGCUGGCGGUACAAGCGCGCGACCUGGAUCAGAUGCUGGGGUACCAAAUUGGCGCUGGACCCAAUGGGGGAAGCGUCACGGAAGAAGAUCUCAGGAGGAGCGAUAUGUUCACCCUGCCCUGGGUAGACGAGGCGAUCACGGUGCACGAGGCAUCGCGGAUGGAGCAGGAAAGACGGAGAAUGUAA